AUGCCUGUCCGUGGCAAACGUCCCGCUCAGGCUGUGGUCGACCUGACGCAUGAUGGUCAAGAAAAUGCCCAUCGUCCGGCCAAAAUUGGCCGAACAAGUCAAACGAACAGCAGUGCUCCAUUGGCGAAUGUGACGAAUGGCCAGCGUUUUGGGCAAGAUAUCGAUUAUAUCUCGCUCAGUCAGAUGGAUGACGACGACUUCAACAGUAUUGUUCCAGCCACCCAAGCUGGUGAUGAUCUGGACCUGAAUUCAUUUCAACUCUAUGGCUGUAUCAAUACAAAAAUUGUGGGAGUCAGGUUCUACAGUGGAUACGCUUCAUCGGGCGAACGUGUUACACUUCAGAGGGAGCCGGACAACAAAUACGAUCGAAAUGCUAUCAAAGUCUUAAACGUCAUGGGUGCUCAGAUAGGCCACAUACCUCGGAACGUGGCCUCCGAUUUGGCAAAAUAUCUGGAUUCUAAAAGUUUGGUCAUCGAGGGCAUGCUGACUGGUAGUAUUGGGUCAUACGAUUGUCCUAUCGCCCUCACCCUGUAUGGCCCCUCAGAUCUUAUUCGGAAAGAUCAGGUGAGAACUCAGAUGCGAGCGGACAGGCUGCCACUCACUGAGCUCAUCCGUAUCGAGCAAGACAGUGCACGAAAAGAAUGGCAACGACAAAAGGCACUAAUGGAAGUAGACAAACAGCGCCUUCUUGGUAACAAACGGGGUAGUGGCGGGUAUCCCACCCUCCAAAGGCCCAAACAAGCAAUGGAGUCUACAAGCCUGGAAGAUCUCGUUCAACAAAGCAGCUCCAUUAAUGCUCAUAGAGUGGAUCAAGCUGUGGAGAGAUUUGGCAAUACCGAAGUCGAUCUUGCCAACAUGCCAAUGGCCGAGACGCCAUUUGGCAUGAAGACGCAGCUGCUAUCGUACCAACGGCAAGGGCUGGCUUGGAUGCUUGAGAAGGAAUCGCCUAAAUUGCCUGAGGUAGGCGCCAAAGACGUGCAGCUCUGGAAAAAGGAGCAUGGUAGGUAUAAAAACAUUGCUACCAACUACGCGACUAGCACACCUCCUCCUCUUGCAAGCGGUGGUAUACUUGCAGACGACAUGGGUCUUGGCAAGACAAUCCAAACUAUCUCCUUGAUAAUGGCCAAUUCAAAUGCCGAUGGCAAUGGAAUCACAGCGCCGACUCUUAUUGUUAGUCCAGUUGGUGUCAUGAGUAAUUGGAAGCAGCAAAUUGAAAUGCAUGUGAAGCCAGAAUUCGUGCCAAAAAUCCUUGUGUACCACGGCACAGGGAAGAAGGAGGGUUCCAAAUUGAAGGAUUACGGCGUUGUCAUUACCAGUUACGGAGCGAUUGCCAGUGAAUACGAUGCUGAUAAAAAGAAAGCUAAAUCAACUCGCAGCGGUCUUUACUCUCUGAAAUGGCGCCGUAUCGUGCUUGAUGAAGGUCACACUCUCCGAAACCCGCGAUCAAAAGGCGCCCUUGCGGCCUGUCAUUUGGAAGCUGACUCUCGGUGGUCAUUGACAGGAACUCCAAUCAUCAACACCCUCAAAGAUCUCUACUCGCAGAUCCGGUUUCUGCGGCUUUCUGGCGGGUUGGAAGACUUGGCUAUAUUUAACGCCGUCCUUAUUCGUCCGUUGACCAAUGGAGAGACUAUAGGCGCCACCAUUUUGCAAGCUUUGAUGGGCGCGAUCUGCCUGAGACGUCGUAAGGAUAUGGCUUUUGUCAACUUGCGUCUUCCGGAUAUGAAGAUGCAUGUCUUGCGCGUCAAGUUCGAAGACCAUGAGCUCAAGAAAUAUGAAAUGUUCCAGAAUGAGGCGAGGGGUAUGCUUGAUAAGUAUAAGCAUCAAGUUGCUGGUCCCAAUGGAGCUACCACAUACUCGCACGUUCUUGAGGUUCUUCUACGACUGCGUCAAGUCUGCAACCACUGGUCCCUUUGCAAGAACCGUGUGGAUAAAUUGAUGGCACUGCUUGGGGAGAGUGAGAAAAAAGUUGUAGAGCUGACGCCCGAAAACAUCAAGGCUCUUCAAGACAUUUUACAACUUCAAAUUGAAAGUCAAGAAACCUGCGCGAUCUGCCUUGAUGAUCUAUCAGAGCCAGUCAUCACGGCAUGUGCCCAUGCUUUCGAUAAAUCUUGCAUUGAACAAGUCAUUGAAAGGCAGCACAAGUGUCCCCUUUGUCGUGCCGAGCUCAAGGAUACCGGAACCCUCGUCGCACCGGCAACGGAAAUGGGUGAAGACGCUGGCGCGGAUGACGCGGAAGCAGCCGAUGCCAGCGCACCAAGCAGUAAGAUCAAAGCCCUAAUCAAGAUCUUGACCGCAAAAGGCCAGGCAGAACAAACCAAAACAGUCGUCUUCAGCCAGUGGACUUCUUUCCUGGACAUAAUAGAGCCUCAUCUUACAGCCAACGACGUACGCUUUACACGAAUCGACGGAAAACUCAACUCCAAUAAACGAGACCAAGCUAUCGCCGAAUUCUCUAAUGAUCCUAAAUGUAAAGUCUUGCUAGCUAGUUUGAACGUCUGUAGUGUCGGAUUAAACCUUGUUGCAGCAAACCAAGUCAUCUUGUGCGACAGUUGGUGGGCUCCAGCCAUCGAAGACCAAGCCAUCGAUCGUGUUUACCGUCUUGGUCAGACCCGUGAGACGAUGGUUUGGCGUUUGGUCAUGGAAGGUUCGGUUGAGGAUAAUGUGCUCAAGAUUCAAGCGGCAAAACGUGAACUAUCGUCAACUGCGUUGAGUGAAAGGACUGAUAAGAAGAAGGGGGAGAGCACGCAGUCGAGAUUGGCGGAUUUGGAGAAGUUGCUUCGUAGGGCCGAUGAACCCUCGACUCAGGAGGUGAGCAACUAG